AUGUCCUUUGUUGAGUCGGAGCUGGAUUUUCGGUGGAAAUGCGUUGCGCCACAGGACGUGAGACAAGAGGAAUUGGCCUUUCGGCUUCUCAAAUGGUUUGAGAGAGUCUUCAAGAGGCACAAUCCCAAACUUUGGCUCCAACCGUUUCUCAUCAUUGCCACAACUCACGAUGGCGGAGUGCUCGAGGUGGUGACAAAUGCCAUCAGCAUCAGCGACCUCAAGAAGACCUAUGGCUCUAAGUGGGUGUCACUGAGGAGGUACUUCGAGGAUUCCUUCACGGGCGACGACCAGCCUCACGGCUUUGGUCGGGAAAAAUCGGUGUCUUUCCGCACCGCCAAACUGAACUUCAUCUACUCCAUGGCUGCGUACUCCGUGGUGUGCUAUGUCCUUGCGAUUCGGGAUAGGCACAAUGGCAACAUCAUGUUAAACGACGAAGGUCACGUUUUGCAUGUAGACUUUGGCUUUAUGCUUUGUGGUGCCCCGGGUGGCAAGGCGAUGCAACACAUCGGUGGCUUUGAGCACUCCGCGGGCUUCAAGCUCACCAAUGAGUCCAGCCGGCCUGUCACCGAUGCAACGGGGCCUGUCACCGAUGGUGGGAAUCUGCCUGUCUUCGCCCACGAAGUGCUUCGACCGGUCACGAUGCUGGUGGAGGUGCUGGGCCCCACCGAUGGGAGUGAGUUCCAGGUCUUCCGCUCUGCCAUCCUUGAUGGUAUGAGGGCUGUUCGAUCACAUGCUCAGGAGCUCUUGGGCUUGGUGCAGCUGAGCAUGCUUGGAUCUGAAAACAGUCAAAUGAACUGCUUCUGCCAUCCACGCGGAUAUCCUGAGGCGGUCUUGGAGGAUAUUUGCGACCGCCUGGGACUGUUCGGCGCCUGGAAGGGUUUGGAUUGUCAUUGUUCCCUCCCACCAGGAAUGGUUCCAACCGUUUGGAGGAGAUGCUCCCUCACGCACACCAACGGUUCCCACCAGGUUGGUGAAGGUUAG